AAGUAAAAUUAAUAGGCAAAAUCGUGCUAAGUUUGAAGAUGUUCAUUGUAUGGGUUCAAAAAGUCUCCCAAAGUUUAUUGAUGAGAAGAUAAAAAAGGGAAAAGGAGUGUUGCCUGGACGUAAAGAGAUUUACAUUGAUACCCACACUCGUAAAGAUGGAACAAUUGUCAAUGAAAAGGCUGCAAAAUUGAUUGAAGAACUAAAAAAACAUAAUAAUGAGGCUGGAACUUCUCAAUCAACCCAAGACACACAAGGUUCUAUGUCUUGGAAGGAUGACAUAUUUUAUCAAAUACAAGGACCUGAUAAAAACGGACGUGUGCGAUGUAUGGGCAAGAUUCCUCAUUCUAAAAAAUCGAAGGUUUGUGCAUCUGAAAAUGAAGAGUUGCGCGAAAGAGUUAAGAAUAUGGAAAACUUGUUAGCAAAUGUGAUGACUUUAAUUCAAAAUCGAUUUUCUGGAGCAGAUGUUAAUGAUAUAAUACAAGCUGCAAGACAGGUUCCUGAUGCUACUAGUGCUCAAAACCAUUUGAAUUCACUUAGUCCAAACAACAACGAAAAUAAUGAAAAUGGUGAAGAUUAAAAGUUGAUUUGUUGUUGAAGAUGAA